UCUCUGUGUUAAAACAACCCAAUCUCUCUGGGUUAAAACAACCCAAUCUCUGUGUUAAAACAACCCAAUCUCUGUGUUAAAACAACCCAAUCUCUCUGGGUUAAAACAACUCAAUCUCUGUGUUAAAACAACCCAAUCUCUGUGUUAAAACAACCCAAUCUCUGUGCUGAAACAACUCAAUCUCUGUGUUAAAACAACCUAAUCUCUGUGUUGAAACAACCCAAUCUCUGUGCUGAAACAACCCAAUCUCUGGGUUGAAACAACACAAUCGCCGGGUUUGUCUAUUUUUUUAACCCAACUUGGGUUGUUUUUAAUCCAGUAUUUUUUGGAGUGUAGGCAUCAUUUAGAAAUGUUAAUAUAAUCCUUAUUUUUAGUAUCAGCAGGAUUUAAUAUAAUAUAACAAUAUAUCUGUACUGAUUUCAUAGAAUCACCCAGAACUGAUGAUUCAAGCCGUUAUUUCAUGAGUGAUGAAGAAAAUAAUCUGUGAUAAUAAUUAUAUUUGACUGUAUGAUUGUGAAUGUGCAGCACUGACAGAAUGAGAGAUUAUGAGUUCAUUAAACUCUGAGCUAAUGAACAUACGGCGCUCUGAUGAGUAUUACUGAUACAUCAGCACAUCUCAGACUAAUUAAUGACCAGUGAUCUAACGACUGAACCUCAAUCAGUUCUCAAGUUGUACAUAAAACAAACUAUUAAUUCAAUACUUGCCAUUUUCUUUGUAAAUUUUUAUUUUUGUGAAAACUUGUUUCUACACCAGAUUUCUUCAGUGUUUGUGUCUUUAAACGACAUUUGCUGUCUAAUGAAAAACACUUCCUGAUCUUGAGACCCUUUCUACGACACUGUAAGUGUGUGUUUGCAGAAUAUUCAAACAAUCUCAAUCAGCGAUGAACCACUUCUGUUCAUACAGAUUCUCUGAAAUGUUCUUAUUUCUCGUGUUUUGAGGGUGUUUUCCUGGACUCUGCUGAAGAACAUGAUUCUGAACACACACUUCUGUCAGCGCUUGAUCCGUCAUGACAUCAUCAUGUGUGUGUGUGUGUGUGUGUGAGGAUUAUGGAGAGAAGCAGUGUGUGUUCAUCUCUGGAUCACUCUCAGGCUGAUGAUGGAGGUGAUGGAUGUGCUGAUGGAGCGCUCUGACGGGACGGAGGCCGGACGAUCUCCACAGACCGACGGAUUCAGCAGCGAGUGUCUUCUGCCGCCGGACACCGACUUCAUGAUCGAUGAGCGGAUCUCUCCUCACAGCGGUCUGGAGGUCAGCGACCGCCUCACGUACCUGGAGCAGCGCGUCCAGAUGCAGGACGAUGAGAUCCAGCUGCUGAAGAUGGCGAUGGCCGACGUGCUGAAGAGACUCAACAUCUCCGAGGAGCAGACGGCCAGAGCUCCGGUCAAAGCGGCGGCGGUGCGUCCCGUGUCUCUGAGGAAGAGCUCCAGCUCCACACUGCCCUCUACACCUUCCUCCAGGACCUGCAGCCCGAGGACGUCUGCCGUGAGCGUCAAAGACACGACGAGCGCUAAAGCUCGGACGACCAGCAGCAGCUGCAGGAAACUGCUGGAGACCAAACCAAAGCAAACAGGUGCAAGUGUAACAGGCUCCAGGCGUGUCACUCACUGCAAAGAUUUAUCUGAGGCCGCUGUCAAGAAGGACUGGGUCAACUGAGACGCCGGCGGCGGUGAUGAUGUCGAAAACAGCCGUGGAACAGAGUAACGCUGUAGAUGUCAGAAGCCCAGCGUUCACCGCACUCGUCCAGAAGAGCUCGUGUCAAAACUACAAGAGUCCCGUCAAAUCACCCAGUCAAUACUUCCAGAUCUGUUACUGAAGUAAAGACUCGCAUCACACAAACAUUCGGCCCGUUUCAGUGAUGCUCUGAUUCAAUGUUAGUGUUGUUUGGGUUAGAGAGUGAAGAAUGCGGCUGAUGCAUUCGUUUUUGGUGCAGAAUUACAAUAAAAUCUCAUUCAUACUAUGUUUGAUUCUAAUUCUGUGUACAAACAUUUACAGCCAGAUUAUAUACAGACUGUGAAGUUCCUGACUGCCAUCUGCUGGUUCAGUGAGAGGAUUCAGCUGAAUUUUACCCCAUUCAGGUCCUGUCUGGCCCAGAAUAUAUCUUUCAUUACAUAAGAUGACAUUGAGAAAGCUGAGCGUCACUUUUCUUGAUGAACAAAUCCAUCCAAAAAUAGCCAAAAACCCAAAUAAAGACUGAAAUCUGGUGUUUAUAUUA